GCGGAAGUGGAGAAAGUUAAAGUACUAGUGCUCAUUCGAAUCCCCUUUCGAGAAUCUACUCUUUUCAAGAAUCACUCUGAUAUUACUUUUAACUGUAAUUUGUAAUGAACGAGGACAUGAAAAAACGAUUCAAAUGACGCCACUAAAUGAAUGACACGGGGCCGCUUUUUGAUUAGUAAAAGAGUGGGACAUCUCGCCCGAGAACCGAAAAUAAAAUCUUUGAUCGGUGCGUCCAGCUGUUGAGUUUCGACUUGAGCGAGCCUGUGUUCGAACUCCGCGUGGGUGGAAAAAAAAAUGAAGUCAGCCGACAAGUCGCCGCUUUAGCCCAGCGGGGUGGACUUCCCAGGCGGCGGCGGCGGAAGACUAGUCGCCCCCACCACCGGUGGUCCCACCCUGCUGAGAUAUGUGGCUGAACCCGGAGGAAGUGGCGCUGAAGAACGCGCUGAAGCUGUGGAUCACCGAGCGGAGCAACGACUUCUUCCUGCUGCAGAGGAGGAGAGGCCGCGGGGAGCCCACCGCGAGGAUCAGCGGCCUCCUAGUGGGGGCGCUAGACACGGUGCUGGACUCCAACGCCAGGGUGACGCCCUUCCGAAUCCUUCUCCAGAUCCCAGGCUCACAGAUUAGUUGGAUCAUCGCAAGCGGAGCUGUCAUGGAGGAAGUGAACAAGCACUGGGAUUGGCUGGCACACAACCUGCUGCACUCUCUUUCCAUCUUUGAGAACAAGGAGGAUGUGGCCAGCUUCGUCAGAGGAAAAGUCAAGGGUCUGAUCGCCGAGGAGUCCCGCGGCCGCCAGGCCGCCCAAGAGGACGAGCCUGAGAAGUUCCGCGAGGCUCUGUUGAAGUUCGAGCGCCACUUUGGGCUGCCAUCGUCGGAGAAGCUGGUCACUUUCUACUCGUGCUGCACGUGGAAGGGGCGAGUGCCGCGCCAGGGCCUCCUCUACCUCAGCAUCAACCACAUGGCCUUCUACUCUUUCCUGCUCGGGAAGGAAGGUGAUGAGGCCAACUCAAUAUACAGUGGAACCUCAGUCAAGUUUGUGAUUCCCUGGGCGGAAGUGAUUCGACUGGAGCGGGUCUCCGGCGGCUUCAUGACUGAGGCCAUUCGGGUGAGCACGAGGCAACGGCAGAGGGACUUCUCCAUGUUCCUCAACCUGGAUGAGGCUUUCGGGGUGGUGGGGCAGCUGGCCGACAUCGCCCUGCGCCGGCUGCUGGACAGCGAAGGUCUGGAGCUAGACCGAGUACUGCAGCAGCCGACUCGCAUCACCAAGAGGGUCCUGGAGGAGCAGGCAUUGCGUGAGUAUGUGCUGGCCCUGUUCCGCCUCCCUCGUGGCGAAGCGCUCCACGAGGUGGCGUCGUGCUCAGUGUGGACGCCGCAUGCCCGCUGCCACACGGCCGGCACGCUCUACACCACUGACAACUACUUGGGCUUCUCUAGCCGAGAGGAGGGACAAUGCAUUCUACUUAUACCUCUUUCUGAGGUGGUGUCUGUGGAGAAGGCAGAGAGCACAUGCGCUCUUCCCAACCCAGUGAUCGUGAGCGUGCGCUCCAAGAAGGCCUUCCAGCUCAUCGAGCUACAGGAGCGCGACGACCUUGUGGAGAGUCUGGAGUGCAGGCUGCGCUCACUGCACCUCAAGCAGUCGGCCUUUCGCAGCAGCCGACACGCCAAGACUGCGUGCUGCCCCAGUCCCUACUACACGUUCUACUAUGACACGGCAUGCUCGGACGAAGAGGAGAUGGAGGAGCAGGUGCUUCGUAACACUGUCAAUACUGAAGCUCUCAUGACGGCCUUCCAUUACAACACACCAGGAAGUAACAACAACAAGAAUAUGGAGGCAGUGAAAGAGAAGAUGUGGGAAGAUCACUUCACCGAGUUCGGCCGCGGCGUACACAUGUUUCGCACUGACAAGGUCCAGCGUAUGGUUGCCAUGGGGAUACCCGAGUCACGGCGGGGUGAGCUGUGGAUGACGCUCUCCGAUGCAUCCUCCGAUCUGGACUCCCACCCGGGCUACUAUGCCAGCCUGGUGCAGACGUCCAUGGGUCAGAGCAACCUGACUACCGACGAAAUCGAGCGGGACCUCCACCGCUCCCUACCGGACCAUCCUGCAUUCCAGAACCCCACCGGCAUUGCUGCGCUCCGCCGCGUACUCACCGCCUACGCCCACCGCAACCCUAAAAUUGGAUACUGUCAGUCGAUGAACAUCCUGGCGUCGGUGCUGCUGCUGUAUGCCAAAGAAGAAGAAGCUUUCUGGCUGCUGGUGGCCGUCUGCGAGCGGAUGCUUCCCGACUAUUUCAACCGCCGGGUGAUCGGUGCCCAGGUGGACCAGUCUGUGUUCGAGCAGUUGAUCGGCGAGUGUCUGCCCGAUCUGGCUGAUCAUUUUCCAGACCUUUCCACUCUGUCAUCGGUGUCUCUCUCCUGGUUCCUGACCAUCUUCGUUAGCGUGCUGCCCUUCCACAGUGCCGUACGUGUGGUGGACUGGUUCUUCUUCCACGGCAUCAAAGCAAUCUUCCAACUGGCUCUGGCCGUGCUGCAGGCCAAUGCCGGCAGGCUUUGCACCCGAGUGGACGAUGGACAGGCGCUUAUGGUCCUCGCCAGCUUUCUGGAGCAUGUUGGGAGCGACCAGUCGUCUCCCGCCGAAUUCUUUCAGCUUCUUGCAGAUGGCAGCAACAAGAUGGCAGAUACUCCUGCUGUGGGCCAAACUAACAUAACACAGCUCAUCAGUGACGCCAAUGAAAGGUUCGGAGACCUAACGGUGAGGAAAAUUGAGAGGCUUCGCUGUCGACACCGAAUUCAAGUUCUACAGGCGCACGAGGACACCACCAAAGAAAACGCUUUAAGAGUGGUGGCGCCGGACGUUUCCAUCUCUGCGGAGAACCUGGUGGACAUUUACGACCUCUUUAAGACAGAACAUUUUAUUAGUCUGUACUGGGGUGACAUGAGCGCGGUGGCUGCAGCUGAGGCAGCGUCAUGGCGGCGUGGCGCCUCCUACUUGGAGCGCCAGUACCGACUGGACCUUGCGCAGUUCAAAAGCCUGUACGGACUGCUGGCCCCAUGGCCGGCGGGCGGCGCCCAGCGGAACGCUGACAUCUUGGCCCAGCGUACCUUCACCCUGUUGGACUCGGAGCGACACCAUCUGCUCUCCUUCAGGGACUUUGCCCUCUGGCUAGACACUUUGUACUGCGGUGAUCUGAGCGACAAGGUGAAGCUGCUGUACCGUCUUCACUUGCCCCCCGCUCUGACGGACAGCGAGGAGCGCUCAUCGUCAUCCUCGUCUGGGAUGAAAAUUCCGCCAGUGUCGUCGAGCAGACCUCUCUAUGUGGGCGGGGCCUCAGAAGACGGACGGGCCGACGGGAAACGGGAGGCGAAGGACUACCAGGAGCAGCUGAAGCAGAUGCUGCAGGAUUUGGGGGUGGGCAAAGACAAGGAGAAGAACAUCCACCAGCACCUCCCCCUCAUGAAGCAGCACGAGUUCAUCCAGCUGUGUAAGACGCUGUGCUGCUUGUUCCACGGCGACCCCGACGAGAACGAGCUCUUCCAGGCCAUCGCCAAGGUCACCAGCCUGGUCUUGCAGAUCGGCGAGGCCACUACCAGGCCGGCGGGACCGGACCGGGACCGGUUGGGACUACCUGAGAGUGAGUGGACCGUAAGCCUGGCGCAGAUUCUGGCGUCUGUGCUGACUGAGCAGAUGCUGGUCAACUUCCUGGAGAAAGUGUGCGACCUGACGGGCCGCAUUGCCGCCGCCAAGGAGAAGCAGUACCAGCAGAGGGCGCCGCUGCUCGCCCUGCAGCACGCCCACCGCCGCUAGGGCAACCCGUUGUACCCUCCGUCCUAGUAGACUAACCGCUCACGCCUUCUAAUUACACUGUGAGUUAAUUACAAUGAUUUUCUACACAAAUAUUUUAUAACUUGAGUGUUUUUUUUUCUCGGCAUGCGUGCACCUUCACACAAUUGUUUCCACUACCUGGAGCCAAACAAAACCUUAUCAUGAAAGCAAAACACUGGAUUUGUCUUUUUAAAAUAAAAUGUAUGCUGCAGACAACAAGAA